AUGUCUUUUUGGUUGUUGUCUCUUAUCGUCUCACUUGUCAGUCCUGAUUCUGCCUUUUACAAAGUCUCUUCUGCCUCUGCAAGAAGACUGAUAACAGCAGAUCCACGUGAAGCUAAGCUGGGCCUCGGUUCUGCUAAUCGUCUGGUGAUUCCCAUUCGCGUGUACGUCUGGUUGGCUCUGGGGCAAAAGGUGCAGAACAAAAAAUCGCUGAAAGCUCGAUGCGAGCAAAUGGGAAAUCUCAUCUCCCAUACUCUGCUGAUCACAAUCGCUUCGGCGGAUGUCGGUAGACAAGUGGAUGCAUCAAAAGGUAACUGUAUCAACCUCGAGAUUCGCUUUGACCUGGUUCUGGCAAUCUGGCCUUGCCUACACAAGGACUUCGAAGCAGGCGCCUUGGCUAUGCACUCGAAAAGUCACAUGAUUUCUCAUCACGACCACUCUUAA